AUGGAGGGUUUGAAUAGGGCCUUCCUUAAACUUCACUAUAUGCGGGAACAUCCCGUUUUUAUAUUAUGGUCCACUGUUUACUUUGUAAGCUUCGGAAAAAUCCAGAAUGAGGGACAAUCCGCAGGAAACCACAUGAAUAAUUUGGGCUCUUCAGAGACUACACGUGAAGCAAUUACAUUAGAUUAUAAAAAAAUUUUUGAAGGAUGGUUAAUAGGAUUUGCUGAAGGAGAUGGAGGAUUUAGUAUAGACAAAAGAGGUUAUUUAGUGUUUAAAGUAACACAAUCUAGCGUAGAUGCACAAGUACUAUUCUACAUUAAAAAAGAAUUAGGCUUUGGAUCCGUAACAGUACAAAGCAAAUUAAACAAAACUCAUCAGUAUAGAGUUAGAGAUAAAGAUAAUCUUUUAAAAAUAAUAAAUAUAUUCAAUGGUAAACAUAUAGUUACUGUAAGAUACGUAAUCUCUCAAAAAGAUGAUGUGGAAUUUAGUAAACUCCUUGCUAACCUAAUAGAUGGUUAUGUAACACAUAUAAAAAGCUAUGAUGGUUAUAAUACUGUAGUUAAUUUUGGUAAACUUAAUAAAAUAUUAAAUUAUUUACACAAUUAUCCUCUUAAAACUAAAAAACAUGUUUCAUACUUGAGAUGGUUAAAAGUAUAUCAUCUGGUUAAAGAUAAAAAACAUUUAACUGAAUCAGGUAUAGAAAUCAUAAAAGAUAAAAUUAAAUUCAUAAACAAAUAA